AUGGCUACAGUUAGAGUAAAUACCAGUGCUGUUAGGGCACUGCAGAAGGAACUUAAAGAUCUUACUGAGUUUCCAGUUGAAGGGUUCAAGGUAAUGAUUUCUGAGAAAGAAAACCUCUUUAUUUGGGACGUCGCAAUAUUCGGACCACCUAUGACUUUAUAUGAAGGAGGUUAUUUUAAGGCUCGGUUGCGUUUCCCUGAAGACUAUCCCUAUAGUCCACCCACAAUGCAUUUCUUAAGCAAGAUGUAUCAUCCUAACAUAUACGAGAGCGGUGAAGUUUGUAUAUCAAUUUUACAUACGCCAGGCGAUGAUCCUCAGAGUGGUGAAUUACCAUCUGAGAGAUGGAAUCCAACACAAAAUGUCAGGACCAUACUACUGAGCGUUAUUUCCUUAUUAAAUGAACCAAACAUAAAUUCAGCUGCCCAUGUUGAUGCAUCAGUGGCCUAUAGGAAGUGGAAGGAGUCUAACGGAGCUGAAGACGAAUAUGAACGUGUCGUUAGGUCACUUGUUAGGGCGACUCAUGAAGAAGCGGAGAAAGACAGAGUAGUUGUUCCAACCACCCUUGAAGAUUAUUGCGUGAGUGGCAGAUCAGCAUCAAAAGCAUUUUAUCACCAAUCUGGUGACGUUGACGAUUUGUCAGAUUAUGAUGCCAGUAAUGAAUACUACGGUUCUGACGAAGACGAUGACGAGGAGAGUACGCCAAUAGAUAGAAAUGAAGAUGAGAGUGUCAAAUCUAUUGAAGAACGAUCUUACUUAUCACAAGUAAUUGAUUCUACAGCAAAAGAACCUUGUUCAAGUAAAUCAGAAAAUAUCUCGCAAACCACAUUGAAUUCAUCAUUGGACCCAAGUGAACUUUCAAGAGUUAUCGAUCACAGGACUUCAAGUGAAUUUAAUCGCGUUACAUCGGCAACCUCUAAUACAGCAUUCAGUCAAAUCUUUUUUAGUAAAAUCAAAUCUACAACAGCGGUACAGCGUCACAAAAUAUUAUCAUUUUAUCUAUGUGUUAGAUCAAACAAGUGUCUUUCACUUAGCAAGGAAUUAAGAUUUCAUGCAUAA